AUGCAACUGCGCAUCGUCCUUCUUCUUGCUCUCGGAGCUCAAUGUGUGUACCCUGCUGCGAUUGUGGUCAAACGUGCGACUGAUUCCCAAAGAAAUGAACUAGUGGCUGAAAUUAACAACGUCCGUGCGCAAGCGGCGACUAAAUUCAAGAUCUCGAACAUGAACGAAUUGAGUUAUGACAUGGAUCUCGAGAAGAAAGCCCAGGCAAUGAAUUGCAAUGCCCCACCUACUGGUUCUUUCAUGGUCAUUCCUAUUCCGUCCCAAAAACUGGUAGAACAAAUCAAUGGUGCUUCACAAGAACAACAGGAAAAGAUUGGCAAAGAAUACGCUGAAAAUGUAGGCAAAGCCAUGUUCGGUCCAAAACAAACACGAAUUGGAUGUGGGGAGGUCAAAUCGGAUUGUCUUUCUGGUGGAUGUUUGAUUGGUCCUCAAAGCAGUGUUUCGGAGAGUGAUGCCAUUGAAGGAGAACCCGGAUCUAACUGUCCAAACGGAAAAACGUCGAAUGGAUUGUGUAAAGCGAAAGGAAAUAAUGUGAAACAACUCGGUGUUGAUGCGGAUCAAAAAACAGGAAGCAGCUCAACUGGAUUUGUUUUCUCAACCGUCUCACUUAUUAUCUUCUUCGUAUUUUACGUUCUUUUCUGA